AUGGGUUCCGAGUUUUUAGGCAAAAGAGCCGACGGUUUCUAUAAGGUUAAGAAGAUGGGCUCCGAGUUCUUGGGCCGCAGGAGGAGGAAUGUGGAAAUUUCAUCUGAUAUUUAUGGCUCUCAAAAACCCAAACGAAUGUCUGAGUACUUGUGGUCGGGUGUGCCCGACAAACGUCUGUCCGAAUUCCUGGGCGGACCGGGAAAGAGGCGCAUAGGAGGCGCCGUCACUCCCAGCUAUUAUUUGGCUAAGAAGUUGUCGGAGUAUCUCAACUCGUCGUUCAAAAGGCCGGUGCGCUUCUCCAACGCUUUCCUAGACUUUUACAAUCCGAGGGGCAGUGAGUUUCUCGGCGGACCCGGCAAAAAAUAGUCGGUUCCCAUCGAGUAUGGACUUCAUAUAUACAUUUAUAUGACAGACAACUGCAAUAUAUAUGACUAAACUAUAUAUAUAUGUAUGUACCCGACAAAUCUCAUUUGAUUAUUCAUAUCGAUUUUAGUGUAGACUAACAUUUGUUUUGUUUUGAGAGAAAUAAAUAUCAGUAUUUAUCACAAACAACAAAAAAAAGUUUCAUUUUAUAUAAAACAGAAUAAAAGUUUUUAAAAAAGCAAUGAUUAUUAUUUAAUUAUAUAAUACAUGAG